AUGGACCCCUUGAGCGCUUUGAAGAACGAGAAGAAGAACGAGAACGCAAAGGCAGAAGGGCUCAGGGCUGGACUUAGCCUUGGCACGCCCCACAGCACGGCCGAGGAUGCCGUCACCGCCUCCCUGGCACCGCCCACACCGGCAGCCGUGGUGGUGGCUACGCCCCUGUCUGCGGCUGCACCGCUCCCACCCGGGACACCGACGGCACAGGCAGUCCCGCUGCCAGGCUACGCCAAGUUGGCGGCCAUCGCUUCUAGGCUGGAGGCCGUUGCUUCUAGGUUGGAGGUCAUCGCUCUUGGGUUGGCGGCCAUCGCUAGUAGGUUGGAGGCCAUGGCUCUUAGGUUGGAGGUCAUCGCUCUUAGGUUGGAGGCCAUCGCUAGUAGGUUGGAGGCCAUUGCUCUUCGGGUUGGAGGUCAUCGCUCUUAG